CGCGUGCCGCUGAACAACAUGCGCGUCGACUCGUCACAAUAACGCCCACAACGAAUAUGCGACCGCCUCCCAAUGUCGCGAAGUCAACAAGAACGCGUCGAAAACGCGCUUCAAUCUCUUCUUGAACGAACCAUCCCCCCGCAACAACCAGGCGAGGAUGAAGAUAGCGCAGACCAGCGCUGGGAAGAUGCAAACCAGAUCGCAACGAACCUGAUUGACGAGGGCGAGCACGAACCCUUGCCAAUUGACGAUGUCAAUCAAGCGGCAGACCUGAUCAAGAGGAAGCUUGUGCGCGACGGAGAUGCUGCGCAGGCGACCACUUUCAGCAACCUGUACUCCAGGCUGUUGAGCCAGCCGGUAUUGAACAACAAAUGGGCUAUACUUUACUUUUUGCUGCGGGUUGGAGAGGACGAAAGGCUCAAGGCUGGUAGGAAUGGCAGCCAUGCGCAAGAGAGGGCAGGAUCACAACCACGGCAGUACGAGGUUCAGGCAGAAGAGGACGACGAGGAGGAGCCGGACACGGAACAGGAUGAGCAACAUGCAGAGCGUCGCGAGAUCUUCAACGAUGCAUUUGCGAGGAAUGGGCUGCCCAGACAGCCGCAUACCCAAAAUCCUGGACAACAGGAAGCGGAGACUACAGUGCGCGAUCGAGAGCGACCUAUGCCUCCGAGACCAAGGACUCAGGAACGGGCAAACGGGACACCGCAACCUCAAUCUCCGGUGAAGAAUACGUCGGGCGCGCUUCACCCCCCAGAGGCAGCGCUCUUGCGCGAUCUGCCAUUCACACUACAAGGCCUCUCCUCCACACAUUUGCCAUUUGCGGACAAGAAGAGCAUUAGAUUACCUACGACAUUGCCAGUGCCAAUCAUCUCUCUGCUACAUCAACUUGCCGAGCCGUCGCUACUGUACAGAUCGCUCUCCGACUUUGUUGACUCGAACGAUGGCGGCUUAGUUGGUCAGAGUCUGCGGAGUGCAAUAGGGCAGGAACUGCGAUCGUAUUUGAGUCUGGUCGCUACCCUUGAGGGUCAAAUCCGACGGGCGCUGGCUGAGCUCGAUGAGCAGAAACCUGACGGAGGCUUUGGGAAAGCAGGAGUCACUCUCAAACGAUGCGUGGUCUGGACCAGAGAGGCCACGCUAGGCCUGCGGCUUAUGAGCAUGAUCGUGGAGUCAGCCAAAGGCAAGAAAGGUGGCGAGCUGAUCAGUUUGAUACACGGGUUUUCAUCACAACAUGGCGAUCCAUUUGUGCACAAUUUUGCAGAGAAGCUGCUCACACAAGUUACCAGACCUUUCUACCACAUGCUCAGAGCGUGGAUCUACGAUGGCGAGCUCGAGGAUCCUUACAGGGAGUUCUUCGUGGUAGAAAAUCCGGAUGAAGAGGGUGGUGCGACCAGUGUCUGGGAGCAAAAGUACAGCCUGCAGGAGGCCAUGAUCCCUACCAUCAUGAGUUCGGACUUUGCGAACCGCGUCUACCUUAUCGGAAAGAGUCUGAACUUCAUUCGCUACGCUUGUGGCGACAGUGCUUGGGUGGAAUCAUACAGCAAGUCAGCUUCAAAAGAGUUGAAGUAUGGCGACACGGCGGACUUAUUCGCUAGCAUUGACGAAGCAUACAAAGCUGUUAUGGCCCGACUCAUGGACUUGCUGGAGACGAAAUUUGCUUUAUCGACGCACCUGAAAGCUAUGAAGAAAUAUCUGUUACUGGGCCAGGGCGAUUUUAUCGCUCUGCUCAUGGAAUCUCUAUCGCAAAAUCUCGAUCGACCGGCUAACAGCCAGUAUCGCCAUACACUCACAGCUCAGCUGGAGCAUGCUAUUCGUAAUUCCAACGCUCAGCACGAUAACGCAGACGUCCUACGCCGCCUUGAUGCUCGUAUGUUGGAGCUCAGUCAUGGCGAGAUCGGUUGGGAUGUCUUUACAUUAGAGUAUCGAGUGGAUUCGCCUUUGGACGUCAUCGUCACUCCCUGGGCAGGCCGCCAGUAUCUCAAAGUCUUCAAUUUCUUAUGGAGAGUGAAACGUGUGGAGUUCGCGCUUUCCACGACAUGGAGAAGGCUCCAGACUGGUGCCCGUGGCGUGCUAGCCUCAGUGGGAGACAAGCUUGCUUCAGACUGGAAAUCGGCGAGAGGUCGACUCGCGGAGAUGAUCCACUUCGUGGACCAGCUUCAAUACUACGUCCUCUUCGAAGUCAUCGAGAAAGGCUGGGCUGACUUACAACGGAACAUGACGAAGCCUGAUGCUACACUCGACACGCUCAUCAAUGCUCAUACAGAGUAUCUUCGCAACAUCACGAGAAAAGGACUUCUCGGCGCUUCUGGCAUGGUCGGCCUAGACUUCACCACACAGCUCCACGAGUUGUUCAAGUUAAUGCUGGCCUAUCGCGACGCUCUCGAUAGUCUCUACAGCUAUAGCGUAGCAGAAUUCACCCGUCGACAAGACAUGGCCGCAAAAAUCGAGACACGUAGUCGCGCUGGUCGCUGGGGCAUCACAGAAGCGGACGAAGGGUCAGAACCUUCGCCACUCUUCCCGACCGCAAGCAAAACGACAAGGGAGCGUUUGCGAGAACGAGAGACGGACUCUCCGAUACCUCCUUUGUUACCUCUUCAAGGCGGCAUCGAUGGCGAACGGAAUAUGUUGGAUUCGAUUCGGCAGCGGUUGAAGGGUUUGGAAGGAGAUUUCAAGGCGAAGGUCAAUGUGCUGUUGGGAGAUUUGGCGUAUCAGCCGGACAGCGAUAUGAGGUUUCUGGCGAUUGCGAUGAACUUCAAUGAGGUUUAUGCGCCGGUCAAGCGUUCGAGAAGGAAGGCGGGAGACAAGGAUAAGGGGUAAGUUUCAACUCUCUUUCGACAGUUCUCUUCAAUUGAGAUAUUCCCCAUGCAGCACUUGAGGCGGUAUGCAUUAAGCUUCGUGGCGGUCGUAGCAAGCAGAUUUCCCCAUGCUUCGUGAGGCUUGCAGUCACCAGUUUCGAGUGACGUUCUGCUUGAAUGUGCAAAACCAUGGGCAGACUUAGACCACAACUUCCCGUCUGGCGAUCAGGCACAAAGCAA